AUCCCAAAUGCGGGAUAUUGACGUGGCAUGUGCAACGAAAUAUUCUCCACGUCCGCCAUUUUACAUUGUUUUGACAGGUCUUAGAUACGAAAUCAAGCAUAUAUCGUUACUUAAACACUUUCACUGCAACAGUUUUGGCAGACAGGUACAUUAAACAGAUAACACAGAAUUGGAAAAUCGUUAGAAGCUUUAAUUAAAUAAUUCAUCAACAUGGGAUCAGUUUUUGGGAAACUUUUCUCCUCGUUAUUUGGUAAAAAGGAAAUGAGAAUAUUAAUGGUAGGAUUGGAUGCUGCCGGUAAAACUACUAUUCUUUACAAGUUGAAGUUAGGAGAAAUAGUGACAACUAUACCUACUAUAGGUUUUAAUGUAGAAACGGUAGAAUAUAAGAAUAUAAGUUUUACGGUGUGGGAUGUAGGAGGGCAGGAUAAAAUAAGACCUUUAUGGAGACAUUAUUUCCAAAAUACACAAGGUUUGAUAUUUGUAGUAGAUAGUAAUGACAGGGAAAGAAUUAAUGAGGCUAGGGAAGAAUUACACAGAAUGUUACAAGAAGAUGAACUUAGAGAUGCUGUUUUAUUAGUGUUCUGUAAUAAACAGGAUUUACCUAAUGCAAUGAAUGCUGCCGAAGUGACAGAUAAACUAGGUCUACAUAGUCUGCGUCAACGUGGAUGGUAUAUCCAGGCAACCUGUGCUACAAGUGGAGACGGACUAUAUGAAGGACUUGAUUGGUUAUCAAAUACACUAAAAAAAAAUAUGUAAAAUGAAAGUAGAGCCGGGAAUAAUAUAAUUUAUUAUCAGUUUUUGUUGAGGAUAAAAUAAUAAGUAUGUUUCAAGGUGUUUUUAUGGACAGAAAUGUUUUGAUGAAGGUUAGCGUCACUAUGAAAUCUUGUUUUUAUCACUUAUCAAUAUUCUCCUAGAACCAACUGAAGUAUUUUUCAGACUCUAAGUAUAAACAUUCCAAGGAAUAUUGGUGUUGGGCCUAAUUUUUUACAGUGUUCCUUAUUAUACUGUAAGUUCUUCAGAAUGCCCUUAUCACUUACUAUUGAAAUCUUGUUUGCUACUUUGAUUUGGGUUAUUCAGCAAGCAAAUAUUCAAAAACAAAUUCUCACUCAGAAUAUAUGUACAAGUAUAGAAUAAAAUACAGGGCACUAAGAUAAAGGAAAUCCAAUGAUUUUUUGUUACUAGUGGAUCAUCAUGUUCCACUUGGAACAAGUCGGAUAUAAUUCUUGACAAACAAUUGUUGGAUGUGUGCAAUUUUUUUCUCAUGUACAUUAUCAUUCAACAAAAAACAAAUCAUAUAUGUUUAUUUUAUCUUAAGAUAGUAUUUGUGAACAAAAUCUUUCAUGUUCUGGACCUAAAGUGUAAAACAUGUACAUACUGUAUUGUGACAUUUUUCACUAAGUUUUGAAAUUGAUUUAUAUUGUAUUAUUCAUUUAUUUAUCAUUUUGUUUUUGUUUUCAUUUUACAAGUGGAUGAUUGAUGUAUGUUGAUACACAACUGUAUUAAAGUGAAACUAUUUAUCCCUUAUAUUUCAUAUAAUUUUGGUAAUACUUAAUUUGCUUAAUUCAUUUGGGGAUAUUUUCUUCUAACUUUCCUUCCCAUUAAAUCUAUAAAUUGUUCAAAAGUUGUUUUUUUUUUGUUAAGGUUUAUAUGGAUUAAGAACCUAGCAUGCAUUUAAAUUUCCUAAUUGAAUGUUAAACUUUGAACUCUGUUAUUAUUUUGACAGAGGAUGGAUUGAAUAUACUGCCAUUGUUCCCAUUAAUUGUUUUAGAAUUGAAAAAUGAGAAUAAAAUUGUUUGAAAGCCUCAUUUCCAUCAAGCAUAUGUCUAGUUAAGAAUACACACUCCAUGUAAUGAAUUCAGACAAUGGAGAUCAAUAUCAGACAAGAUAAAUUUGUGUAUUAGAGUAUGCUCUAAUAAAAGAUGUCUUCUUAUUUAGCCUACAUUAAUCUACAAUGUUAAUAACAAUAACACUGCUUGUCAUGAAGCUGUAAUGAUGAGAUUUUCUGAUGGGAGUUUUGUAUAUUUAUCUAGUGAAUGUUAUGUAGAAUUAGUGGUGUCUCCACCACAUUCAUCAAUGGUGGAUAUUCCACUGAUCAGAUAUGUAAUAUCCAUGAAACUUCUACUUCUAUCUUGGUAGAAAUCUCAUAGAUAUGUUAACUGUUUAUGUAUUUUGUAGAAAAUAAACAUGGAUACCAAUACAGAAA